UAUUGCAUUUUAAAUAUUAAAAUCUCGAGAUAUCGAUAUCAGCAAAAACAACGAUUAUUAUGUUGAACGCAUUUCACCUUGUACAUUUUACAUUUUACGAUAAUAACCAUAUAAUCAUAAUUAUAACGACCAUAAAUAUCUUUUUAAAUUUCGGGAAAUCAUCUUGUUUUAACGCACGAUGCCUGCUGGCACGGCGAUAUAUGAAUGACGGAAGACAAUCACAGCCCGAUUUAUCGCAAAAAUACAAAUUGCACCUGCGGAUGGGACGUGAAGUUCAGUUAUGGCGUGGCAUACACGUUGGCCGUCUUCGAGGCGAAACGUCUCCUCGUAAUCGCCUUGGAGAUAUUCGCAGAGUGGCAGGUGAUUCAAUUCGCAGGUGGUUUCCAGCCGGUCGCCCUCAUCUUGGCGGGAGUGACUUUGGGAUUGCCAUGUGCCCUUAUAACAGUACGCACCAUACGCAGGCGCAAUUUACCGAGUUUUCGUGUAAAGACUAAGCUAGUGCUAAAGUGUCUUUUGAUAAUAAUAAUUAUGUGUACCGCUAUGAACACGGCGACCUUAGCCUCAAUAGGGUAUCAUGUCAGUGUAAGGCAGAAGACACUGGUCGACGUUUUCAACACAUCAAUGCGCCUGUAUGUCAGUGUAGCGUCAUACAAGUAUGCGAUCGACGAGAUCCAAUUCGUACUACAAUGUUGUGGUCACACGUCUUAUACCGACUGGUUUCUUUUCGACUGGCAGAAAGUGGAUUAUGCGUCUCGGGAAGAAAUGGCAGGACAAAACAGAAUCUCGGACGAGGAUUAUAGAGAUCUUGGAGUUCCUUUUAGCUGCUGUAAUUUGCACGUUGUAGCACCCUGUAUGCACAUGCAGAUGACAGAUGACAAAACGAUAAACGUGAACGGCUGCGCGGAAGUUAUCAGCCCCAUUCUUCUCAGAAUCGUCAUAGUCGCUUACGUCAUGACUAGCACUUUAAUCAUUAUACAAGUGUUACUGGUCUUUUUAAUUACAAGAAUGGUCUGCAGAUUCGUACCUCUCCAAACAUCCUCUCCCCGGAUAAGAUGUACCGCUGUGCCAUUCACCACUAUAAGUAUACCUCCAAGGACUUAUGCGCAACGAUUUUCUUCGGUUGAGAAAUCCAUCUGGCGUAAAAGAACGAUGCAUCGUCAUCCAUUGUCUACGAAUGACGUUUGCAUCAAGGAAAACAGAAAACUUAGACUACCUAGACGCAGUUGUUCUAUUUUGAAUUACAGAAAUUGCAAUACUUGUGGGGACGUGGCAAAGAUAAAACCGAGCGUUCACGAAGAACAUAGAAUAUCCGUGGAAAGUCUUCGCAAUAAACGUACACGUUGAAAUUCCUGCUGUGCUAAUAAUUCAUAGAUCCACAUAGCCAUUAUAACGACGGUUCUUUCUGAUAAACUGCGCAUUAACGGUAAGAUACUAAUUGCAAUGAUCAGAGGUAAGUCAUGUCACCGCAUAGGCACAAGUAUACGCACACAUAAAAUAAAUGGCUUAGGGAUAAGUAACUUUCUUUUGUGAAAUUAAAGAUUUAUUGACCUACAUAACAUAGAAACUUAUAAUUAGUAUAGUUUUACAAACAUCAAAUAGUGACGAAUGACUUCGUCUUAUUGCUAUUUAAGUGCUUGUAACUCGAAUCUGUUUAUUAAAUUUAUUCAAACAAAA